UUUACUCCAGUCUAUCUCAGACCACAGCGGUGUCGAUUACCAACACCCUCCUCUCCUCAGCUACACGUCCAGCUCAGUACGAUUAAAACUCUCUUUCUUUUUUUCAAACUCUCAGAGGCUUUGCUGCAUUUUCCUGGAUGAUUUAAAAACUCGCCGACACACACUCAAGGCCUCGCUGACCUUUACACUGAUAUGGAUAUAAACAUGUCGGAGAUGAAUAGUGGCCACCUGCACCGCCUCACCCUGGGGAUUUACUCGAACUUGAUGGACGACUUCAACCCGAGCCUACAGAGACUGGUGUCACUGGGAAACAGCUACGUCCAAGCUUUUCAGGCUCUUGCUGUUACAAGCGAGGCCUACUUCAGUGCUCUUUCAAAGAUCGGAGAGACGGCUUUCCACAGCGUGUCCUCGCGCUCUCUCGGUGACGUCUUGAUCCAGAUCUCACAGAACCAGAGAAGACUCAGCGUGGAGCUGGAGGGAGUCUUCCGCUGGUUCAGUGUGGAGGUUCUUCAAGAGAUGGACAACAACAUCAGACUGGACAAGGAUUACGUAUCAGGCAGCAGGAAACACUAUGAGAUGGAAGUCCACAACCAGACCACAGCUCUGGAGAGACAGAUGAAGAGAGGAGCCAAGUCGGAUUACGGUGAGCAUGUGCACUUCCUCAGAGAGAGCUACAGCGAGGCUCUGAAGGAGGAGGAGAGACGACACCGCUUCCUGGCUGAGAAACACUGUGGCCUGGUACAAUCCAUCGCACAACUCAUGAAUAAGGUUGGAGGUUCUCUCCAGCAGAGAGCCGACGCCUGGACGGACGAGGUGAACUCCACCAGAGGACCAGAGGCCAGACGACCUGCUUCAGAGUACAACGCUAUGGGGAUGAAGGAGGACAUCCGGCCGAGAAGACAGGAGCAGAGCCUCGGCAAAAUGCCAUCAAGAGCCCCGUCCCCCCAGGGAAGCGUUUAUGGCUCCAGAGCAGAGUCAUUUGGAGGUGGCGGCGCUGGCGGUGGAGGAGGAGAAAUAGCCAUGAGGGCGUUGGUGGACCACCAGGCUGGUGGCUCCAGCCCCACCGUGCUGCCCUUCACCAGAGGAGAGAUGAUCACCGUGCUGGUCCAACAGCCCAGAAACGGCUGGUUGUACGGACGUGCUGACAGCAGUUCACGGCAGGGAUGGUUUCCAGCCUCCUAUGCAGAAGCGGUGGAUUUUAUUAGCUCUCGCUCAUCCCUCCGAAGUAGCAGCAGCAUGAGCAACCUGCUCGACCAACCAGGGAGCAGCAGCCAAAGAGGAGGAGCCCCGCCCCCUCCGCCUCCACCACCACCAUCAUCUACAUCGUCACAGCAUGACACACAACAAUACAGACAGACUGCCGACAAGAGGGCCGGGUCGAACUCAGAAAACAAGAGAUCAAAACCAAAGGGAUCCCAGCCAGAACUCUUCCCGAGGGGCACCAACCCAUUUGCUACAGUGAAGCUGAAGCCCACAUCCACCAAUGACAGAUCGGCUCCGCGCUUAUAUCGACGAUGAGUUCUUUUUUUUUUUUUUUUUAAAGGCUUUGAUUCGAGUUCAAUCUGGACCUUGGAAAAAAAAUCAGUUCAUCAGAUGUAAAGUUAGUAACUGGGCCUUAAGGGGAAGCUAUUUUAUCAGGUCAUACUUCAUCUGUACUCAACCAUUUACUUUGCCAAAGAGUCAGUUAAAAACGUUCAUUAAUCAUUUAGAGUUGUUGUGUUUGCAUACGUACUGUAAAUAUAUCGUUUUGGAUUUUUGCAAACCCUAGAAAACAAAUUGGGUCUUUCAAAUUCAUUCUGCUGUUUUCCUUGUUUGACUUUUUCAUAACUGAAAACUUGCCUACUGGCUUUAGUUUGUGAGAAGGAAUCACUGAGAUACAAAUAUAUUAUUGUAACUUCAACUAAUACAUGUUUAGAUUUCAGCUGGUCUUAAUACAUCAUUAUUAUUUAUCUGUCAUUUUUGAAUGUGAACAUGUGAAUGACUUCAAAAUGGUCUAUUUUCAACUAAAUAUGUAUUACCUGUGAUGUGAUUAUAAUGCAGCUAAUCGUAGCUGAGAUGCCUUUAUUUGAGAUAGGACAGUGGAUAGAGUCAGAAAUCAAAGAGAGAGAGAGAGAGAGUGGGGAACCACAUUCGGAAAGGGAGCAACAGGCCGGAUUCUAACCCAGGCUGCCCACUUGGAGGACUAUAGCCUCUGUACAUGGGGCGAGCACACUAAUGGCGCCCCCCCCCCCCCAUAGAAAAGAAAGAUCUCUAAAUGAACCAUGAUUUAUUUGUAGCCGCCUUUAAUAAUCUUUUGACCUGAUUUAUUUACCCUACUCUGUAAAAUGUGACCCUUGAAAUAAAAUGAAAUGUCUUCUAACAAA